AUGACAUACGGACGGCCGCAUAGGGUCCCCCAGCAACAACCACUUCGAGAAAUUUACUUUGAGGCCCGCCUAGCACGCUUCGAAGAGCACAAGCACAGGCACACAGGCACACAAGCCACACCCAAAAGUUCGCCGGACUACAGCGAACGCACCCGCCAAGCAGAGCUCCGGACCUUCGGUUCGAUCGACGGGGAUUCGAGGUCCACGCUGCCUCGUACGCAGUGGACAGUGGAGUUCCACAACGCGUACCUGACGUCUCUCAUCAUCCCAAAUAGGGUCGUCCCCGGCACCCCGUUCGCUCCAAGGGGAGGGAGCCAAGGCCUACUCUACGGGAAACGUAAGCUACAAAACCUGUUCGGACGGUGUGGCCGUGCCGCCCGCGUGCCCGCGCCCGCCGUCCGCCAUUCACUUCGCUCCAGCUCCAGCUCCAGCUCCAGUCCCCUGAUCCCCCACCCUACCGUCGGGUCCCUUCUGGCUGCCAUUGCGACACUCGUCAGCGAUGGCCUGCGUAUCUUGAAGUUCGCCGAUAAGCGCCAAUGGGGACCUGACGAGCACGAGCAAUUGCGCCUGCUGGAGGAUACUCUCGACGACGCCAAGAAGGACUUUCAGGAGCUAUCCGUCCUUGUCAACGGACAGCGCUAUUAUAUGAACGACCGCAAAGCUCCGUCAAUAGCCGAGUUGCGAGCUUUACAGUCCAAGGUUGAGCAUCAUAUCGACAACUUUAAAGAUUGGGCGAGAACAGGCGGACCGAUCAAUCCGGUUUGGGCACGAGAAACGACGCAAUUGCGCCGCGAACUGCAUCGCGCACAAUGCCGAGCGGCUAGGAGGAUAUUCGGGGCAGAGCAAGAGGCUUCGGCAAGAUGCCUGGGCGCCUUUCUCGUCUACAGAAAACAGCGGGAAUGGCAGAGUCGGCCAGCUACUUCGGAGGAGGAGCACCACCGACGACACGUGGAAGAGGUAGUAGCAUGCAACACGAGUGGCAAGUUCGAGCGGUUUGGCGACGGAGGCAUCGCAUUCGUUUGCGACUUUUGCGACGGCCAUCUUGUAUGGGAGGACUUGGAGAGCAUGCCAUCAUUACGGACAGCCGAAGAAUCCAGCACGCGCCCAGUACCGCCUGUUUCGCCUACGACCGGGAUGCCAAAUUGGCAGGCGACCGGGUUCACCGCCGAUAAACGAAGAGAGGAGAAGACGGUCAUAUUUGCGCCUCUAGCAAUAGCGAAUCAUAUGGCGCCGUAUCAGGGAGACUGGGUAGCUCGACUCCUAUGUCCUUUCUGCGAUGAGGCGCCAUAUACCGAGGCAGGCGGUGAUAGCGACGAUGAAAUGCGGAAUGCCCAGGACGAAUCCGGUUUCGAAGAUCUCCAGGCCUUCCAGGAGCACCUGGAGUGGCAACACACAGCUGCAUCGAUACCCGCCGUCCCCUUGCCCAAGGCAGCCAAGGACUGCGUGGUGAUGUGA